AUGGCCAAGCUGCUCUAUGGCACUACAUGCACCCAGCUGCGAAAGAUUGCAUUUGAGUAUGCAGAGGCUAACAACAUUGCAAACAAAUUUGAUAAGUCAUCUAGGUUAGCUGGAAAGGAUUGGCUAACUCUAUUUUUAAAAAGAAACCCAAGUAUUAGCAUGGGAAAACCUGAAGCAACUAGCAUUAACAGAAUACAGGCAUUUAAUGAAGAAGAGGUUAAUACAUAUUUUAAAAACUUAGAACAUGUCUUUGAAAAAUAUAAAUUUAAAGAGGGGAGAGUGUUCAACGUCGAUGAAACGGGCAUAAAUACUGUACAAAAGCCCGAGAGAAUUUUGGCUCCUAAAGGUGUUAAACUAAUAGGUGGGGCCACGUCUUGGGAAAGGGGGAAAAACGUGACUGUGAUAUGUUGUUUCAGUACUGCUGGUACCUACAUCCCCCCUAUGUUUAUCUUCCCCAGGAAGAGGAUAUCAGAUCUCUUAAGUAAAGGUGGACUAGUUGGAACAAUAUAUGGUUGUUCCGUCAAUGGCUGGUCCAAUGAGUCAUUAUUUUUCAAAUGGAUCCAACAUUUUCUGAACAAUGUAAAAUCAACUAUUGAUUACCCUGUGCUGCUGAUUUUAGAUAAUCACAGCAGCCACAUUUCACUUGAAAUUUUUGAAUUUUGUAAAAAACGUUCUAUUGUCAUGGUAACCAUACCUCCACACACUUCUCACAAGCCUCAACCACUAGAUGUUCCAUUCUUUUCUUCUUUGAAAUCAGCCUUCUGUCAUGAAUGUGACGUGUAUAUGAAGUCACAGGUGUAUCAAAAAAUUACACCAUGUGAGUUAGCAGAACUUUUUAAUAAGGCAUAUAUUAAGGUCACUACCAUGGACAAAGGGCAGUCAGGGUUUAAGGCAGGUCGGAUUUGCUCUUUCAAUCCAAACAAAUUUCAACAUGACGACUUACAACAAUGUGAGAUCUUAAGAGAUGUUGUCCUUGAAGAUGAAGAGGUUCCGAUGCAACAAAUGGAAAUGAAGUGGUUGCAUCUGCAAACGAGCCACAUAUCGCCAAAAUGA